GACUGGUCGGGCUGUGCCCGGUGGCGGGAACUGCUGCAGCCCGCUGCUUGAGGGCGGCGGGCUCCUCGGGCCUCCGGAGACCCGCAGGGAGAGGGCCUCAUCGUUUCCAUCUCCCUCUUCUUUACUUCCCUGUUGGCUGAUCCUCUGAUGUAUGGACUUGUACAUGAUGAACUGUGAACUUCUAGCUACGUGUAGUGCCCUGGGGUACCUGGAGGGAGACACUUACCACAAAGAACCAGACUGCUUAGAGAGUGUGAAAGACUUGAUCCGCUACUUGAGGCAUGAGGAUGAGACGCGGGACAUACGGCAGCAGCUGGGGGCAGCCCAAAUCCUGCAGAGUGACCUUCUGCCCAUCCUCACCCAGCACCGCCAGGACAAGCCUCUCUUUGAUGCUGUUGUCAGGCUGAUGGUGAACCUGACACAACCGGCCUUGCUCUGCUUUGGCAGUGUGCCUAAGGAGCCCAGCUUCCGGCACCAUUUCCUGCAGGUACUAACUUACCUGCAGGCCUACAAAGAGGCCUUUGCCAGCGACAAGACUUUCGGAGUCCUCAGUGAAACCUUAUACGAGCUGCUGCAGCUGGGCUGGGAGGAACGGCAGGAGGAAGACAACCUGCUGAUUGAGCGGAUUCUGCUGCUGGUCAGAAAUAUUCUGCACGUGCCAGCUGACGUUGAGCAGGAGAAGAGCAUCGACAAUGAUGCCAGUGUCCACGACCAGCUUCUCUGGGCGAUUCACCUCAGCGGCCUAGACGACCUGCUCCUCUUCCUGGCCAGCUCGCCUGCUGAGCAGCAGUGGAGCCUACACGUGCUGGAAAUCAUCUCUCUUAUGUUUCGCGACCAGAACCCCGAGCAGUUGGCAAGAGCAGGGCAGGGCCGCUUGGCUCAGGAGCGGAGCACAGAUGUGGCAGAACUGGAGGUGUUGCGCCAGCGAGAAAUGGCAGAAAAGAAGACUCGAGCCCUCCAGCGAGGCAGCAGGCAUUCUCGAUUUGGGGGCUCAUACAUUGUCCAGGGGUUGAAAUCCAUCGGGGAGAGGGACCUCGUCUUUCACAAAGGCCUUCACAGUUUUCAAAACUACACCUCAGACUUGGGGAAGCAGCCCCGAAGGGUGCCAAAGCGGCGCCGGGCCGCCCAGGAGCUGUCCGUCCAGCGCCGCUCCGCCCUCAAUGUGCGGCUCUUCCUCCGAGACUUCUGCUCCGAGUUCCUGGAGAACUGUUACAACCGGCUCAUGGGAUCCGUAAAGGAUCACCUGCUCCGGGAGAAAGCUCAGCAGCACGAUGAGACCUACUACAUGUGGGCCUUGGCUUUCUUCAUGGCCUUCAACCGGGCUGCCUCCUUCCGGCCAGGCCUGGUUUCCGAGACCCUCAGCGUCCGCACCUUCCACUUCAUCGAGCAGAACCUCACCAACUACUAUGAGAUGAUGCUGACUGACCGGAAGGAAGCCGCCUCCUGGGCACGCCGGAUGCACUUGGCGCUAAAGGCCUAUCAGGAGCUGCUGGCUACAGUGAAUGAGAUGGACAUGUUCCCGGAUGAGGCUGUGAGAGAGAGCAGCCGCAUCAUCAAGAACAACAUUUUCUACAUGAUGGAGUACAGAGAGCUAUUCCUGGCACUCUUCCGCAAGUUUGAUGAGCGAUGCCAGCCCCGCUCUUACCUCCGUGACCUGGUGGAAACCACCCACCUCUUUCUCAAGAUGCUGGAGCGCUUCUGUCGGAGCCGGGGGAACCUGGUGGUGCAGAACAAACGAAAGAAGAGGAAGAAGAAGAAGAAGGUUCUAGAUCAGGCUGCUGCUUCUGGUAAUGUCCCAGGUAGUCCAGGGGAGCUGGAGGCCAUGUGGCCAGCCCUGGCUGAGCAGUUACAAUGCUGUGUCCAGAGUCCUGAGCUUAGUGCAGACUCCAUGGUUGUUCCCUUUGAUGCGGCCUCAGAGGUGCCAGUGGAAGAACAGCGGGCGGAAGCCAUGGUGCGCAUCCAAGACUGCCUCCUGGCUGGCCAGGCCCCUCAGGCUUUGAGCCUCCUGAGGUCUGCCCGGGAGGUGUGGCCAGAAGGAGAUGUGUUCGGCUCUCCGGACGUUUCCCCAGAGGAGGAGACCCAGCUGCUGAAAGAAAUCCUCUGCGCUCCGCUCCCCCGGCAGCAGGGGCCAGAGGAACAAGGGGCAGAGGAAGAAGAGGAGGAGGAGGAGGAGGAGGAGGAGGAGGAAUUACGAGAAGUCCAGGUGUCAGAGAAAGAAUUUAACUUCGUGGACUACCUGAAACGCUUCGCCUGCUCCACUGUUGUGCGAGCCUACGUGCAGCUGCUGCGGAGCUACCAGCACAACAGCGCCCACACGAACCACUGCGCCAUCAAGAUGCUGCACCGGCUGGCCCACGACCUCAAGAUGGAAGCCCUGCUCUUCCAGCUCUCGGUCUUCUGCCUCUUCAACCGGCUGCUCAGUGACCCUGCUGCUGGAGCCUACAAAGAGCUGGUGACUUUUGCCAAAUAUAUCCUGGGCAAGUUCUUUGCAUUGGCCGCAGUCAACCAGAAAGCCUUUGUGGAGCUACUGUUCUGGAAGAACACAGCUGUGGUUCGAGAAAUGACGGAGGGCUAUGGCUCCCUGGAUGCCGGAUCAUCCAGUCACCGGGCCCCUGCAUGGAGCCCAGAGGAAGAGACCCAGCUUCGGGAACUGUACCUUGCCCAUAAGGACGUGGAAGGUGAGGAUGUGGUGGAAGCCAUCCUGGCACGUCUGAAAGCCGUUCCUCGAACGCGUAAGCAGGUCAUCCACCACCUGGUGAGGCUGGGACUGGCCAACAGUGCCAAGGACUUCCAGAGGAAAGGGACGAACAUUGUGCUGUGGACAGAGGACCAGGAACUGGAGCUGCAGCGGCUGUUUGAGGAGUUCCAGGACUCGGAUGACGUCCUGGGUCACAUCAUGAAGAACAUCACGGCCAAACGCUCACGCGCCCGAGUUGUAGAUAAACUGCUGGCUCUGGGGCUGGUGACUGAGCGGCGGGAGCUGUACAAAAAACGGCGGAAGAAGCCGGUGCCCAGCAGCCUGCCCAGUGGAGAGGAGUCCCUGAAAGAUUUUUCCCAGGAAGAUCUGGAGGAGGAGGAAAACCUGCCAGAGGAAGAGAGUGAAGGAGAUGAAGAGACGGAGGAGGGCUGGGAAGCGGAACAAGUCCAGGGCAGCUCAGCAUUUACAACUGAGAGCCUCGGUCAGGGCCUGCGGCAGGAAGGCUUUUCUGCUCCCAUCCUGUGGCUCCAGAACUGUCUGAUCCGCGUAGCAGAUGAUCGGGAAGAAGAUGGCUGCUCCCAGGCAGUUCCAUUGGUGCCACUGACAGAAGAAAAUGAGGAAGCAAUGGAAAAUGAGCAGUUUCAGCAGCUGUUGCGCAAGCUAGGGGUUCGGCCCCCUGCGAGUGGGCAGGAAACCUUCUGGCGAAUUCCAGCUAAGCUGAGCCCCACCCAGCUCCGGAGAGCAGCAGCUUCUUUGAGUCAGCUAGAGGAGGGGGGAGAGAAGCUGCAACCAGAGCAAGACUCUGAGGUCCCUGGGGAGCAAGGCCCCAGUGAGGAGCACCGAGCCGAAGCCCUGCAGGCCCUCGUAUUAGCUCGUAAGAAGAAAGCAAGCCUGGCAACUCCAGAGGAGGAGGGGACGGCUGAUGAGCAGGAGCAGCUGACAGUAGCACCCAAGAAGCGACAGCUUCUGGACAGCGACGAGGAACAGGAGGAGGCACCAGAACUGGGAGCCCCGAGAACCCAGAAGAAGAAACGGUUCCAGAUUGAGGACGAAGACGAGAGCGACUGAAGACCCAGAAGCCUGGGGCCGAGAUAGACCUGACUGCAGAUGGCACGUCCGAGUCAGGCCGGGGCCCCGGAUUUCCCCUUCCUGGGCACAAGCAGUAGAGUCCUGGGCUUCGCCGUGGGCUUAGGAUCCCGGGUUUUUAGGCAACAGUGUUGGACUCCUCUGCAGUCCGUCCCGCCUCUGCCAGUUUCAUUGAUGAGCCCGGCAGCCCUCUGGAGACCUAAUCUUCUCUUCUAGGAACCAUUUCUUCUGGCUGCCAGAGCCCCUUAGCAAAUGAGAGAAGUGAGUGAAUUGCAGAAGCUUCCCUGGACCCGCUCGUUGUUCUGUUCCUCUAGACUUUGUGCCGGAGCUCGGUCCCAGCCCCGGAUGGAGAGCUACACAACGCAGUGGGUGGGGGUGCUGCACCACUAGAAGCACUAGAUGCCUCUGUCCUCGUUUUCCUUUUUCCUGUGAUCACCCCCUACGUACCAGCUUGAGCCCAAUUCCUGCUGCUGAAGUCGGGUUGGGAUGCUGUCAUUCUCCAGAUGAUGAAUGUGUGUUGUUUAUGCUUGGUAUUGAAUUAAACAUGAACAAUUAAAGUUGUUGA